AUGCCCCGUCAACUAUUAGCUACGCGCUUUGUUACUAUUCCAGACGAUGUAAAGGUCGUUCUUGAUGGCCGUAAAGUCACGGUGACGGGCAAACGUGGUGAGCUACACCGUGACUUUCGUCACUUGACGCUUGACAUGCGUCGAGUAAACAAGGAGCAGCUACGUGUGGACUUGUGGUUUGGCAACCGUAAGCAGCUUGCCUGCGUGCGUACCGUCUGCUCGCUCAUUGAGAACAUGAUUACGGGGGUGCGUGUUGGUUAUCUGUACAAGAUGCGCUUCGUGUAUGCCCACUUUCCCAUUAACGUGACAUUUGAGAAUAAUGUCGUGGAGAUCCGUAACUUCUUAGGUGAGAAGCGUGUGCGUCGCGUGGCUUUGUCCGAGGGUGUUCAUUACGUGCGUACAAGUGACGUUAAGGACCAGAUUGAGCUGAGUGGUAUUGAUCUCCAGAAAGUGUCGCAGGAUGCCGCGAACAUUACACAAGCCUGUCUAGUGCGUCGCAAGGAUAUUCGUAAGUUCCUGGAUGGUAUUUACGUAUCUGAAAAGACGAAUAUCGAGAUUGAGGAGGACUAA